AUGAGAGCAGAAUCUGGCGGUGGAUCGAAGAAGACCUUCAAGACGAUGAAGCUGGGAUUCAUGGGACUGGUUGGAAUGGUGAUUGUGUACUAUGUGCUUCUAUUUAUCUUUGGAAUCAAGUACUUGGAUCCUCAGUACUACGGAAGCUACUUCUACGCUUGGAGAGUGAACUUUGCAGACAAGCUGAUGACGCACGGAAGAUACAAGCUGAUCAAGAAGAACGAGCAUCCGGACACGGAGGACAGGAAGAAGUUCUAUGGGAUUUCGCAGGACGAGUCUGGGCCGUAUCUGAUACGAUUUGACAGGCCUGAGCACUUCCCGCGCGGGCAUGAGCACCAGUUCACGCUGAACUUCCCUGCAUACAAGGACUUCUUGAAGAUUCGGGAGAGGUUUAUUGUUGAGACUGAGGGGCUGCAAGAGGACAUGAAUCUGAGCCACUCUGACCUUAUGGACAGGAUGAAGAAGAAGAAGGAGGGAGGGGGAAUGUACUUUGCAGACUACCGCGGAAAGUCUGUCAGGGAGAUGCAGAACAUAUUGUUCCCAAACAACAAUGAGGAGAAGAACCCCUGGUUCGGUGUAAGCAACAUACUUAUCAAGACCAUCUCGAGCAUCAUGUCGAGUGACGAGGAGAAGAGAAAGGGAUACCUGUUUAAUGGAGAGAAGGUUGGAGACGACCUGAUGAAGAACAUCCGAGAUGCUCUUGAGGCGCUUGACGAGGGGACUGAGGAGGGAGAGGUCCUGCUCUCUGAGAGUAUAUCUGACUCUGACAUCAACAAGUUCUUCAUCAACAGCGGGAGGGUGUCUGCAACACCGCACGAGACAUUUGCCUAUUCAAGGGCAUACUACCUGUUCAACUUCCUGACUGCAGGAAUUGAGUUUAAGUCCCCGAGCCUUGCAGAGAUGAGGAGCGGGUCUUCUGAAGACGACAACGAGUUCCGCGAGGCACGAAUGGACUAUGUUGCCAACCUGUUUGCCAGGAUAUUCUCGAGCAUAUAUCCCAACCAGCACAGAAAGGAUGUCAGCAGCAUCGGGACCCUUGAGAAGAUAAGAAACUACUACAGCCCAAAGAUGGUUGUCGAUGAGAAGAAGGAGGUGGAUGAGGCCGACCUUGAUCUUGUCCAGAAGAGCUUCUCAAACACAUCAACGGUUCCUGCAUAG